AAAUUUAUUCAAAAUAUAUAUAUAUAUAUAAAAGGCUCAUAUAUGUUUGUAUGAUAAAGCACACGUUUUGACAAGAACUCACCUGCUCUUAUCUCAUUGUUCAAAGGAAAAUCAAUCUCAAUCUAAAGCAGAUGGGAGGAGUGAGAUAUGAUCCUACGAGGAGGAUCGAUGAGGAAGAAGACGAAGAUUCAAGAGAUUCAUCACCAUCACCAUCAUCAUCAUCAUCAUCAUCAUCAUCAUGUUCCUCUAUGUCUUCUUCAUCUGGUUUAGCAGAGGAUGAUACCUCCUCAGACGGGCCUCUCCAUGAUCUAUCUGACCUCAUGGAUCAACUCCCCAUCAAGAGGCGAGGGUUGUCCAAAUUUUAUGGAGGCAAAUCACAGUCAUUCACUUGUCUUGCAAAUGUGAAAAGGGUAGAGGAUAUUGCGAAAGAGAAGUGGAGGAAGCCAUGCAAGGGCUCUUGUUGGGGUCUUUUUAGCCCCAAGGCCACAAUCUCAAAGAAGUCAACAAGAAAAUCUUCAGCACUUUCUUCUCUGUCCAUGAAAGCUGCUUUCAUUAACCAAAAUCCACUGUGAAAAAAAAAAUAGGACAAUCCUUGUUUUAUGACACAACAGUACUCUCUGGUUCGGUUCAGGUUGUAUCUCAGUUUUUUUUUCCCCUGAACCCGAACGAGAGCAAGAACAAGAACAUCGGCUUUGAUUCCUUCUCCUUGUCUUUCACAUGUCUGUAACGGAAGUCAAGAAUCUUGAACAAAACAGAUGUUUCUCA